AUUCAUAAAUUAAACUGCAAAUCAUUUUUAUUCGUUCGUACUGCAGAGUGCACUCGCCAUCAUGGCUGAUCGAAACAAGGAGCAAAGUGCGGCUGUCAAGCUGUACUUGAUCCUCUACAACUUAGCGCAGUUUCUCGGGUGGUUCUACAUCUUCGUCCAGUUUGUGCUGCACUUCUUCGUCGAAGGCAAACCCAGCGAAGCCCUGUGGACUCGAGUCGGUUCGGCGGUGUACUUUUUCCAGGUGAUUUCAUUCCUCGAGUUCUUCCACGCGCUGUUCCGGCUCGUCCCGAGCAAUGCACUCAUCACGCUGGCGCAAGUCUUUGGCCGCAGCAUGGUGGUGGUGGCGGCCAUCGAUGCGACCCCCACCGGCAAGCUGUCCCCGGGCGUUCCGCUGUGCGUGUUCUGCUGGAGCCUGGCGGAAACCAUCCGGUACAGCUACUACCUGAUGCAUCUGGCGCUGGCGCGGGUUCCGCGCUCGAUGACCUGGCUCCGCUACACCAUGUUCAUUCCACUGUACCCGGGCGGAUUUAUCGGCGAGCUGCUGAGCGUUUACUGGGCCCAGGACUACAUCGGCCGGACGGACAUGUGGAGCGUGGCGAUGCCUAAUCGCUACAAUUUUACCUUUUCCUUCUACUACUUCACCUGGAUCAUGGCGCUCGGCUAUCUGCCGCUCUUUCCGCAGAUGUACCUGCACAUGUUUGGCCAGCGGAGGAAGGCACUUGGUGGCGGUGCCGAACGUCACGCCAAGGAUCGACAUCCGAGUGUAUCGUCUGGUUACUGAAGCUUAGCCACAAUUUCCAAAGAAAGACAAGCAGAUAACAGCAGAUAAAACGAAUCCUUGUACCCAAAAUACAAAUAUACAAAUCAUGAUACCGAAAACAUUACCGAUGAAAGAAAGAUGCAAAGCAUACAAUGAAGCUGCCCAAAAACAACUAGUUGAUGUGACGACUGAAGCAAUCUAGUAACCACUGCGUGUCAACAACAUUGAGUUAUGUCAUAAGUCGGAUAAACCUAGAAGAUAUCGGAUGUUUUUGCUCAACCACAAGGAGGUUAUGGGUCCGGCAACGGUAAAGAUGUCCGAUAGUAACAUCAGAAUCGAGCGGCUGGUGGGAAGCUGCCUCACAAAAGAUCAAGUAAUCACAGAGUAUCAACAAUGCCGUUGUGUCAUUAGGGAAAUAAACCUAGAAAUUAUCAGACGUCUUUCUUAACCACCAAGAGGUUAUGAGCUAAACUGCGAGUGAAAAUGUUCCAUCGUAACUUCGGAAUCAAGCACCUGGCCGGAAGACCUGUGUGAUUUGCAGGUUUGUCGUUUAAGCACAUCUCGAAGUCGAAGACUAUGAGGUACUUGAACGUGAAGUCAGUGAUUGGGAUAUAAAGCA